AUGACUACGUACUUGGAAUUGAUAGUCCACCAUGGUGGGAAAAUGGACUAUUCUGAGGAGGUUCCUCGCUACCUAAAUGGCAAGAUUGAAGAAGUUGACAUGGACCUAGACUACAUCUCCUACUUCCAGUUACAACAACUUGGUGUUGUCCACUUUGAAUACGCUAGGGUCAAGCGCUUGUGGUAUAUGGCUCCAUCGCAUAAUUUGGGAAAUGGUUUGGUUGAAAUAAGGUCCGACACCGAGGUAAUGGAUGGACUGAUUCAUGCAGUUGAAAAUGAAAAAAUUGUCAUCUUUAUGGAAGGUAUAGAAACUCAAGUUGGAGAUAAUAAAGAGGCUGGUGGAGGGAACAGUGAUGACUAUGAUACAGAAGGUGAUGAGGAGUCACAGAAUCGAGACAUCAUCCAUCUUAUGGAUGAUGAUGUGCGCACUUCUGAUGAUGAGUUCGUCGAUGCUUUGGAGAAUCAAGGGAUUAGAGCAAGACGGAUGAGAGUUCGAACCAUUAAAGAUGCAACUGGUGAAGCUGUGGAGCAGGAAUCUGUAACUGAUUAUGAGCAGACCGAACAAGAUGUUCCCUCAAAUGCUAUGGGAUCUGAAGAUGAAGAAGCUGAAGAUGAAGAAGCUGAAGCUAUCCCACAUGUACAGUCAGAACAAGGGGGAAACCAAACUCAACCCGAAGCUGAAGAUAUGGCACAUGAAAGGGCAGAACAAGUGGGAAACCAAACUCUACCCGAAUCAGAAUAUAGAGGUUCAGUUGACUCACGACAUGUUCGUGGGAAUCUAGACGAAGAGCCAGCUGAUCCUAUUUAUGACGGUCCCCACUAUGACCCCAGAUGUGAACAUUCUACACUAAAGUUCACGGUGGGAAUGAGCUUCAAUUCCCCGGAGCAGUUCAAAGUGGCAGUGGAGAGGAGCAUUCCAUCUCAAUUGGAGCCGAUAUCAAGUGGACGAGAAGUGACAAGAAUAAGAAGCGUGCUGAAUGUCGCCAGAAGUGUGGGUGGUUGA